AUGUGUGAAGGUCUACUUUUUAGUAAAAAUAAGUUCGAUGUGUUGGAUCAAUGCUUCUCAAAAAGAACCAUAGUGAAUAAGUUAGAUUGGUGGAAAAACCCAACCGAGUGUGCUUCAUCAUCUCCCGACAGAAAAGAUCCGAGAGAAACGAUUGAUUGGGAACCUCCCACGGCUAGUGUUUUAAAUUUCAAUGUGGAUGGGGCUGCCAAAGGUAAUCCAGGACCAGCAGGAUGUGGGGGAGUUUUAAGCGAUUCACCAGGUGCUAUUCUAACCACACAGGAAAGUAAUGUUACUGAGCCAUUGAGUAUCAAAGUGGCAUUGAAGGUAUUCAUGAAAACCAUGUGGGUAAGUAAAGCUCGGCUUGUUGUGGAAUCAGACUCGACUAUAGCAGUAAAAUGGAUCAAGAAAGAGUUGGAGAGACCUUGGUGCUUUUGGAAGAUUUUUAGUGAAAUCGAAGGUAUGCUACAGGAAAUAGGAGAGGUCUCAUUUGAAAAUUUCUUGGGAGAAAAGAAUGGUCUGGCAUGUCACUUUGCCAAGUCAGGAGUGAAUAGAACGAAUCAAUUUGAAGCGUGGUGGUGA